AUGAAAUUACUUGCACAUAAUUUUCUGUCCUCCUGCUUUUUGAAAGGUGUCAAGGAGGGUUAUCCGCUAAUUUUAACAGCAACGAAGAAGGAAGUGCAGCAGCACGAAUUCAACAGAGUGUUUGUGCAGCGAAUGAUCCCAAAGGUGAACUAUGAAGUGCUACGACAGGCUGCCAGUAGUAUCGGUGAAGGUGAUAAUUUGCCGGAGUGUCUUCCGGAGCAGCUGCACACUGAGGAGGAUGAGAAUACAGAGCUCGAACCGCUGCUCAAAGAACUGCAUCGUGUAAUGGUAUCAGUUGAAAUUUUGGAAGGUGAAUUGAAAUGUCCGGAAAGUGGCCGAGUUUUCCCGAUUCGUGAUGGCAUCCCGAACAUGAUUGCAAAUGAAGACGAAGUGAAAUAG